UCCGUCCUGCGGUAACUAGUUUCGAUUUUCACGACGGCGUCAAAUUGGCAAAUUUGAUCACAUGACCUUUUGUUUUGAUCGCGUAUUUAAAAAAUGGCAAAUCUUCACCGGGUAAGAGAAUGUUUACUUCUCAGUCAUUGUUUGGAUAUCAUCGAUGAACAUGAAUUUGCGCUUCUUUAUGAUGUCAACAAGCCUACCAAUUGUGACUUUAGGUACUACGACUAUGAGACUUUUGAUCUGGAUGAUUUCAACGAUAACGAGUGUAACUCCUAUUUUAGAUUCCAGAAGAACGAUUUAGUUCGAUUGAAGAAUGCUUUACAAGUCCCGGACCGAGUCAGAUGUUCCAAUGGCACCCGGAUGGAUGGAAUAGAGGCACUAUGCAUUACUUUGGCUAGAUUUGCGUACCCUUGUAGGUACGGAGACAUGGUAAAGGACUUCGGUCGUUCUGUGCCACAGUUAUGCCUUACAACCAAUGCAAUCAUAGACCACUUGUACGAGAACUUCAAUCAUCUUUUUGAAACUCUAGACCAGCAGUGGCUUCGUCCAAGGCAUCUGGACGAGUACGCACAGGCAAUUAGCAACAAAGGAGCUGCUCUCACAAAUUGCUGGGGAUUUGUGGAUGGCACAGUCCGCCCUGUAUGCCGGCCUUCGCAGCAUCAACAGGUCAUGUAUAACGGCCACAAAAGACUGCAUGCCCUGAAAUUUCAAUCGGUAACGGCUGCCAACGGCAUGAUAGCCCAUCUUUAUGGGCCAAUAGAGGGUCGAAGGCACGAUUGUUACCUUCUGAGGAUGUCUGGGCUCCUUAAUGAGCUUGAAGAGCAUUCUUUUAAUUCUGCUGGGGGUGUAAUGUGCAUCUAUGGGGACCCUGCAUACCCUCUCAGAACCCACUUGCAGGCACCCUUCAAAGGGAAUCUCACGCCAGUUCAAAAUGAGUAUAACAAAUCAAUGUCAAGUGUGCGUAUUUCUGUAGAAUGGCUCUUUGGGGACAUUGUAAAUUUUUUUAAAUUCAUAGACUUCAAGAAGUCUCAGAAAGUCUGGUUGUCUGCAUGUGGGAAGAUGUAUGCUGUUUGUGGACUGUUGACCAAUGCCCAUACUUGUUUGUAUGGUAAUAACACCUCUAAAUUCUUUGGAUUAGAGCCACCAACACUUGAAGAGUAUUUCCAGACUCGCAACUAGAAAAUAUAUUCCUUGUUGCAUGGAAUAUGUGUUAUUUUAGACCAGUACAAAUUAUAUAUCUAUUGAACUGAUUACAUGUAUUAUGAAGCAUUGUGUGUAGUUGCCCAGACGAUUUCUGAUUUAAUUGACAGAAUAAAGAGAAUAUUUAUGUAUGAGUCCACGCUAUCCUCUCCAUGAAAUUGUGGUUUAUUUAAAUUCAAUCGUGUGCAUUAUUCAUUCCUACUAGGUAAUUACUUAACCAAUUUUCCACACCAAGUAAUACAAUUGAUACAACUGAAAAUCAUUAUAAUUUAUGUUGUAUAGUGCAUUUUGACUGGCUUAAAAUGUUUUGAUAGGUAAUUCUUUUUGAACUUUUCCUGUUACUUCGGAAAAUUAAAAUGACAUUUAAAACAACAUUUUUCUACUUAUAAAUGGAGCAGUAGGAAACAUAAUGGAAUCAAAGAAGUAUAAUAAGUGCAAUAAAUAAGAAAUACUAAAGUGAUAACAAAGUAUAAAGUGCAUAUACUCUUUAUGAUAGUCUACACAAUGAUCAUAAUAAAUAAGCUUAUGAGAUGAGCAUUAAUGAGAAUAAUUUACACACAAACACAGUGUUAUAAAUGAUUUUAACGUAUGAAUAUGGAUAAUAUCCAAACAAUUUAUUUUCUUAUUUCCGAAUGUUAUAGACAAAACCCAUUCACAUGGGUUGAUGCAAAGGCCAGGCCCGUAGCCAGCUUUCUAUUGGGGGGGGUUCGUUUUUCAAUGUUGGCAAUUUG